UUGAAGAUAUCUCGUAAACCAUCUUGAUCCCACAGCCUUCAAAUUAGUGGGACAGCAAUGGUACCUAUUAUAUUUCUAUACGUCGGGUUUCGCCGUUUCGGUACGCUGAUGGAACGGCCUGAACUCGCAUUAAAUGGAACGACUCAUUGAUUGGUGACUCACUUUCCCAGCAUUCCCAACGUAAACAAGUACUUCUUUUUCUAGAUAUUAUCAUUAUCUUAUCUUUUACUCUCAAAUGCUGCAAAAUCCUGUUAACUUGGGAUGCCCGUUCCCGGUAUCCUCACCGCCCACCACCUGUUCGACAAAACUCCGCAGACAACACCUCGUGCGCUCAUCAAACGGAAGCUCCGUUCACUGCCAAUCGGGGUUCCAGAAUGAUUCCAAGAACGCAUUGUCUCGGAUUAUAAGAAGAGAGGCUGCUAUUGAAGGCAUUGGGAGGAAAGCCAAGUCCAAGAAGCAGCGUACCAGGCUUUGGCCUAAGGCUGUUUUGGAGGCUCUCGAUGAAGCUAUAAAGGAUAACGCUUGGCAAUCUGCUCUUGAGAUAUUUGCUCUUCUACGCAAGCAACAUUGGUACGAGCCUAGAUGUCAAACAUACACGAAACUAAUAGUGAUGCUAGGUAAAUGCAAGCAAGCUCAACAAGCCGGUUUGCUAUUCGAAAUAAUGCUUUCGGAAGGGCUUAGACCCACCAUUGAUGUCUAUACAGCUCUGGUGCAUGCAUACGGCAAGAGUGGCCUCAUCGACGAGGCUUUUACAGCUGUCGAAGAUAUGAAAUCAGUCUUCGACUGCAAACCCGAUGUGUAUACUUACUCUAUUCUUAUCGACUCUUGUGUGAAACUUCGCCGCUUUGAUCUCAUUGGAAGAAUUCUUGCAGAGAUGUCUUAUCUGGGAAUUGAGUUCAGCACUGUUACAUAUAAUACUAUUAUUGAUGGAUAUGGUAAGGCUGAGUUGUUUGAGGAUAUGGAGAGUGUAUUGACAGAUAUGAUUGAAAGUGGUGAUUCCCUUCCGGAUAUUUUCACGUUCAAUUCUAUUAUAGGGGCUUAUGGGAGAGGUGGACAGAUUGAGAAGAUGGAGAGGUGGUAUGAAGAGUUUCAGCUUAUGGGAAUAAGACCUGAUAUCAACACUUUCAACACCCUUAUUAAAUCUUACGGGAAAACUGGCAUGUACGAGAAGAUGGGAUCGGUCAUGAAGUUCAUGACCGAAAGAUUUUUCUCCCCCACCAUUGUUACUUACAAUAUUGUUAUUGAAGUGUUAGGAAAAGCUGGAAAGAUUGAGAAGAUGGAGGAGUAUUUUAAGGAAAUGAAGCAUAAAGGAAUGAAGCCUAAUGCUAUUACCUAUUGUUCUCUUGUUAGUGCUUACUCUAAGGCGGGGUCAAUUAAGAAGGUCGAUUCAAUUUUGAGGCAGGUGGAAAAUUCCGAUGUGGUACUCGAUACUCCUUUCUUUAACUGUAUCAUCAGUGCCUACGGUCAGGCCGGUAACUUAAAAAGGAUGGCCGAGUUAUUUUUGGCCAUGAAAGAGAAAAAAUGCAUACCUGAUACCAUCACUUUUGCAACUAUGAUUCAAUCCUACAAAGCUAAUGGCUUUAUUGAAGCUGCCCAAGAUUUAGAAAAUAAGUUGAUCAACAGAAGCAGAAAUUCAGGUGUGGUGAAGGAGCUGAGAGGGAAUGAGGGAAUGUGAUAGGUAAAUAAGAGUGGCAUUGUUGAAGGUUGGUGGAGAAGGUAGAGACGGGUGUGAACAUGUGGGAUUUCCGGUGGUGGAGGUAUGAUCCGAGAAAUUGAUUUCGAUGGUGGCAUCAGAAAAGAGCUUUAUAUGGUUGAAAA